AGUCUUAAUUUGCCCAAAUCUGUGUGUAGUAGGGUUGGAUCAAUGUUUACAGUAUGAGAUGGAACGUCCUUUCAGGAAAGACAAAGCAAUGCAUGCAGUCAUAGAGUUCACACGGUUUACAUCGUACAACCUUACGGACGGCCUCAAAGUUUUCCUCAGCGGGGUUCAGAUAGACUCAACAUGGGGUCAGUGGUGUUUUUUUAUCACAUAUUCCAGUAGUCAGUUAUCUGGCGAAUGUAUAAGGGAAACAUGCCCUCAGCUAUAGGGUGGCUGACCAGCUGCUGAGUGUCUUCAGGCUGUAGAUCCCAGUAUCAGGAAUGUCGUCGAGGGCUUUCCUGCCCUGCCCUGCUAUGCACCACUUACAUCCACCCACAUCUUAGGAUGUCCUGUCAACUCUGUCUCUUGAGGGGACAGGACAAGGGGAGGAGAGGGCUUCAUCUAUCACGUCAGCUGCUUAAACCAAGCAGAUUCUUCAGGAUCCCAAAGCCAGUUUGUUCUUCUCGGUCUUCUGUGGCAACGCUUGCUUCCCAAGCAGGAAGACAGACUGCUAGCCCGCAAGAAUCACUACCCUGACGGACCCGCCACCACCAUCCAUUAUCGAUCAGCAGGCUGUCCACGACACAGCACAUCAUUGAACAUGAACGAGAUAGACUCCAACAACUCCUCGUUCAGUUUCUUCAAUAACACGCCCUGGUUUGUGUACGAAUGCACCAUCGACCUGGAUAAGGAUUAUCGGCGCAUCGCCCUGUUUCUGCUCUACCUGCUGCUGUUCAUGGUGGGCCUGGCUGAGAACAUUCUGGUGGUUUGGGUCAACUGGCGCCGGCGCCACUCCGCCAACGGCGUCUUGUUCUGCGUCAUCAACGUAAGCAUGUCGGACCUGAUGGUGGUUCUGAUUAUGCCCUUCUUCAUGCUGGAAGUGACCCUGGACAAGGUGUGGCUGUGGGGCCGUUUCCUCUGCAAAGUCACCCACCUCAUCUACGUGGUCAACUUCUACAGCAGCUCCUUCUUCCUGGCGUUCAUGACCCUGGAGCGCUACCUAUCCCUGGCCCGGCCCUCAUCUCCCGCCUGCUUCCCCGUGUCCAAGCGCCGCCGCUGGCUCCUCUGCGGUGGCCUCUGGCUCCUGUCCCUGUUCCUGGCUCUGCUGGAGAACAUCCACAUGGACCUGCUGGAGUGGGACGAGCCGGGCUGCUACAUGAUGCCGGAGAACAGCUACACGGAGUGGUUCGUAUCCAUCUCCUUCCUCUGCCUCCUCUUCCAGUUCCUGGGCCCGGCCUCUGUCAUCGUGGCCUGCAACGUGCUGAUAGCCAGGGCGGUGCGCGCCUCCCCGGACGUGGACGGGAGGCGAGACGUGUGGCUGGUGCACGUGUACUCCCUGGUGUUCGUGGUCUGCUGGCUGCCGUACCAGAUGGUCAUGUUCCUGAUGAUGGUGGAUGACCUGGACCCACACGUGUUCAGCUGCAACACUGUGGAGGUGCUCUACUUCUCCUACAGUGUGGUCCAGUGCCUGUCCCUGUUCCACUGCGUCGCCAACCCCAUCCUCUACAACUUCCUCAGCAAGAGCUUCCGCGCCAACCUGAUCAACGCCGUCGUCCGCUACACGCCCCAGGAGGGCCCGGAGAGGCCGCGCCGCCAGGGGUCGGCCCCAAACGCGGGAGCGCCUCGGACGGGCAAAAAGGAACGCAAGCUUAGCAACACGAGCACCAGUCACUCGGACAUCGCUGCCUCGUAGGUGUCACAGUGUCACGUAGAGACUAAACUAGAUAUCGUAAGACCAGGUCCAUGGAGGAAAGCGGAAGAAAAACAAAAACUUUGCUGUUACCAAACGCUGUUAGCAAAGCAUGGGCUGCGUUCACUGGCUGAAAGACAGGCCAUGAGAUGAGAGGCUCUUUUUUUUUAUGGUAUGUGUUGGUGACUCUUGGCUCCAGAACGUCCACCCUUCUCCCAAAAUGAUGUACACACGCAAACUCCCUGUCACGGAUGUCAAUGCGUUGGAUGUAUAUGACCAUCAGCCGAAGGGAAUUUCUAAUCUAAACAAAACAUACAACGGAUGGUGGGAACUGCGCAAGUACACGUUGGUUGAGAACAGUGGAGAAUUGGGUGAUAGCCUUGGCCACUAGGCAAUAGUAAAUGCACGUAAAUACAGGGCUGGGGCGAAAACCCGGCUUGUCUCUCUCAUGUCUCCUGUUUUUCCUCAUUCAGCACAUCACUGUUGUAAACAGAGAAAGGAAGGAAACAUUUGUAAUUUUUUCCCAUCUUAAAACUCCCACAGGAGCUUAUGGCACCACUAUCUAGGAACUUCUGGAGGACUGAAUUGUAGUAAUUAUAUCACAGAGUGAAAUGUUUCUUCACAAACAAAUCGUUUCCUCUGUGCCUUGCAGAUACCUACUGAAUAUAAACAACUUGUAAAAAUGUAGAAGUGCUAUUGAUGAAUAAAACAUUCUUUUUUUACUACAAAAACAUUUCCACAAAAUUCCAAAUUUCCACAAUAACCCUCCACGUUUUACAAAUGCUUACAGUUUCUAGUUAAUGUUUUUUCUAAGAGCUGGGGAAUAUGUCAGUUUCUGAUGUUACAUUAAAUAAAGGUUUUCAAUCUGAAUGGUUGCAUUAAUACAAAAGUCAACAAGAUCCCCUUUUGAUUAUUUACUAUAUUAUAAAAAGCCUACAUGCAUACUACAGUAACUACUGUCCCAGCUGAUUUCUCAGAUUAUGCCUAGUCUAAAUAGCACUUUCAAUUGAUAUUUUUCCUAAAGCUUGCUUUUUAGUACAGGACUAGACUUCUGAUUUUAUUAUGCUUACCUGAGUUAUAAAACAUGCUUGAUUUCUUUUUAAUUGAAAUUAUUAUUCUCUGUGUACUUGAGUAUUUUAAAAUUGUGUCCGGAAUAAACUAUUUGUAUUGGAACAUA